AUGCUAACUAAAAUGAUUAGAUCAACAACCUCCAAAUAUAAGUUUGGUGCUCAUGUUUCUACCAAAGGUGGAGUAUCAAACAGUGUCACAAAUGCAUAUAAUAUUGGCUGUAAUUCUUUCGCACUAUUCUUAAAAUCUCCAAGAAAAUGGGAAUCCCCACAAUAUACAACGGAAGAAAUAUUAAAAUUCAAAGCUAACUGUGAAGAAUUCCGCUACGAUCCUUUAUUAGAUAUAUUACCACAUGGCCAAUAUUUUAUCAAUUUAGCUAAUCCAGACAAGGAGAAAACUGAAAAAAGUUUUAACUCUCUAUUAGAUGAUUUAACUAGAUGUGAACAGCUGGGAAUUGGACUAUAUAAUUUACAUCCAGGUUCAUCCAUUGAUGGUGAUCAUCAACGACAAUUAAAACAGCUAGCUGAAUAUUUAAACAAGGCUAUUAAAAAAACAAAAUUCGUUAAAAUUUUAUUAGAAAAUAUGUCUGGAAAGGGAAAUUUAGUUGGUAGUGAUUUGAAAGAUUUAGAAACUGUAAUUUCAUUCAUAGAAGAUAAAUCCCGUAUUGGUGUGUGUGUGGAUACUUGCCACACAUUUUCUGCUGGAUAUGAUUUAAGGAAUAAAGAGUCUUUUGAAAAAUUCUGGAAAGAUUUCGAUGAUAUUGUAGGAUUAAAAUACCUAGGUGCCAUUCAUUUAAAUGAUUCAAAGACACCUUAUGCUGCAAACAAGGACCUUCAUGAAAAGUUAGGUGAAGGAUUUAUUGGUCUAGAAACUUUUAGACUAAUAAGUCAUGAUGAAAGAUUUACCAAAUUACCUAUUAUUCUAGAAACACCACAAAAAGAUGAUACAGGCUAUGGGCAUGAAAUCAAUUUGCUUGAAUGGUUAGAAACUGUUGAUCGCUCAGAAGAUUCAGAAUUAAAAGCUAAAAUUCAAGAAUUGCAACAACUCGGUGAGAAAUCAAGAAACGAACAAAUAAAAAAGUUUGAAGAAGGUGAGAAGAAGAAGGCUAAUCUACAAGCGAAGAGAGCUGCCAAGAAUGCCAAGACUUCUUCCAAGAAAAGGGCUCCUGCAGGUAACGAUAUUAUGUCUCGUUUAAGCAGAAAAAGAGCCAAGAAAGAGGAAGAUAAUUGA